AUGGUUGUCUCCUUCAAUUUGGUACAGACAGUCUUGAAGCCCUGCCCCCAGAUAUCAUUUUCGAGAUCCUGGAGCAGGUUACUUUACCUCUCUCCCUUAGAUCUUCUUAUCUCAUUCCUGUAUUCAUUCUGCAUUCGCUUUAUUUUAUUUAUUCUCUCUUAUUCUUCUUUCUGUGCCAUGCCAGAUUAUCGUGUGUUAAAUAUCAAAUUAGUCAUACUUAUUUUUUUACAGGCAGCUCGAAUAAGGAAUGCAGAGGAUCUUUUAAACCAGUUUCUCAUGUUUCUAAGCCGUGUCGUUCUUCUUCGACCUGGCCUCUACGUUUGUCUAUCUUGCCUUGUAUUAUUAAAUGGAGUAUAUUGUACUUAUUUGAAAGACACAUACCAUGACCAAAAUAUUGCAGAUGGUGAAUUUUAA